CUUUCUUCACCAAUCUUCCUUUUGUCUCACGAAUUUCUUCAAUUUCUCCUUCAAGCUCCGUUCCCAGCAAUGUCAUGGUACCGAAGAACAAAACUUGUAUUCGAUUCCCUGCGACGUAACAUAAACCCGAAGAUUCUACCUCGAUCUCAUGUUCCUUCGAGAGUCAAUCCAAUUGGGUCUUCUAAUCCCUCAGCUAAGUUCUCUGGGUUCUCCUCAAUUUCUUCUCGUGAAGUAGGGUUACGAUCAUGGACAUCUCUCGGCCAAAACACCAACAGAAUCGCGUAUAAUCCGUUUCUGAGUGUACCCAAGAGAAAUUACUACGUUGAUCGAUACCAAGUUCGUCAUUUCAAGCCACGGGGACCAGGACGAUGGUUUCAAAACCCUAGAACAGUGUUUACGGUGGUGAUUGUUGGUUCCGUUGCUGUGAUCACUUUAUAUGUUGGGAAUUUAGAAACGGUUCCGUACACAAAGAGAACACAUUUCAUUCUCUUAUCGAAACCUAUGGAGAAACUACUUGGGGAAACUCAAUUUGAGCAGAUUAAGAAAACUUACAAAGGGAAAAUUCUUCCUGCGAUUCAUCCUGAGAGUAUUAGGGUUAGAUUGAUAGCUAAAGAAGUUAUUGAUGCGUUGCAGAGAGGUUUGAGUAAUGAGCGUGUGUGGAGUGAUUUAGGGUAUGCUUCUACAGAGAGUAGUUUAGGAGGUGGUGAUAAGGGAGUUAAGGAGAUGGAAAGGGCUAUGAGUGGAGAAGAUACGAUGACUGAUAUGAAAUGGUCUAAACAAGAUCAGGUUCUUGAUGAUGAAUGGAUUCAACAAAGUAGGAAGAAAGAUUCAAAGGCGCAUGCAGCGAGUAGUCAUCUUGAAGGGAUUAGUUGGGAGGUUCUUGUGGUUAAUGAGCCUAUUGUUAACGCGUUUUGCUUGCCUGCUGGGAAGAUUGUGGUGUUCACUGGGCUGCUUGAUAUUUUUAAGUCGGAUGCUGAAGUUGCCACUGUAAUUGGGCAUGAGGUUGGUCAUGCGGUGGCCCGACAUGUAGCUGAGGGAAUAACAAAGAACUUAUGGUUUGCAGUCCUUCAACUGGUGCUAUAUCAGUUUGUCAUGCCCGAUCUUGUGAACACAAUGUCCGCUCUUUUCUUGAGGCUUCCUUUCUCCAGAAAGAUGGAGAUAGAAGCGGAUUACAUUGGUUUGCUGUUACUUGCAUCUGCGGGAUAUGACCCACGAGUAGCUCCUAAAGUGUAUGAGAAGCUUGGACAACUCGGUGGAAACGUACUCGCAGAUUAUCUAUCGACACAUCCGUCGGGAAAAAAGAGAUCACAACUUUUGGCUCAAGCCAAUGUGAUGGAAGAAGCACUAAUGAUCUAUAGAGAAGUCCAAUCAGGUCGCCGUGGCAUUGAAGGCUUUCUUUAGCCCUCUUCUCUAUGCAUCUCGCCUGCUUCUGUACAUUAUUACUCUCCACCUCUCUUUUUUAUGGUUUAAAACUUUAAAUAAAUUGCAAUUUUACAC